AUGUCCGCAGACCUGCUCGCCGAGUUCGAUAGCUUUUAUACUCCCCCUACAGACAAGAAGGUUGCAGCUGUACCUGCAUCGAACGACCUCUCCUUCUUGAGCAACCCGGGGCAGUCGGGAACGCCGGGAUAUGCAGAAGGUACACAAGCCCCAGCGAAGGCGUCGGGAGGAGACAUAUGGGGAGACAUGAGCGACAUCCAAACAAGUGCUCCUGCAUCAGAUUCAACGGCCAUACAAGAGGAUUUAUGGGGUUCUUGGGAAGCCUCCGCCUCUGACAAGCCUCAGGCACCGGCACAGGUCAAUGUCACUGCCAAAAAGGAACGGUGGCUUGGAGGACUGAAGACACCAGCUGCACAAGCUAUCGCUCAGAGGGGGCAUACGAGAGCUCGAAGUUCUACGAUUGACCUGUUUGCCAACAAUAUGCAAGAACUUCCGAGUCUUGUGGAAACUAAAAAGCCCGUCCCCGGUCGGCAACCUUCGUCUGGAGAUGUUCUUUUUGACGCGGACGAAGCUUCUGCAGAGGCGGACGACGACGACGAGUUUGGGGAGUUCGAGACGGUGGCAGUUCCCGAGGCACCACCGGCACAACUUCCCUCUCGUUCCCUUGAGCAGAUUUUUGGUACGAUUAGCUUGACGGCAAAACCACCGAUGGAACACGCGGGCGUGUUGGUUAGCUCAAAUGGUCUCCCCCCAGGUGGCUUGCCAUAUUCUCAAGCCCCAGAAAAAUCUUCGUUUCGAGAGCGAGAUCGUUUUGGUGACUUACCAGCUAUAGCAACAGUAACUAAAAAACCCUCUUCUGUAAAGAAUAUUUCAGCUCCCGACUCUGCUGCCUCCCCAGUCACUCCUUGGCCGGAGCAUGAAAGCCCCAAACCACAUCCAUACUUGGAUUCACCUGCACCGAAUCCACUGGAUGAUGACCAGUUGGGCAAGUUCACAGACCUACCUGCAGACACACCGGCUAUAAAUUUCCCCAGAACAGCACCAGUCAUUGAAGCAGACGUCUGGAAAUGGGAUAACGCAAACGGCAUCCUGUCACCAGCAAAAGAGCCAGCACCCCCCGUAAACGAAGCACCACCAACCAACAUCCCACCUCCCUCAGUCAUAUUAGCCCUCUUCCCACAUCUCUUCGACCUUCCCCAAAGCUCCCUCUUCAAAGCAGUGGCCAAUCAGCCCUUCUCCCUCAAGAACCGCAUCCUCUCCAACCCCGCCACUAUCGACUUCCUGCGCGCCUAUCUCCUGAUCGCUACAGUAGCCGCCCGCAUCAUCGCGGGGCGUAAGCUUCGCUGGAAACGUGACACGCGGCUCUCUCAAGCGAUGAAAAUCGGGCCAGCGGCUGCGGGAGGUAAAGGCGGGAUGAAGUUGGCGGGUGUCGAUAAAACCGAACUGGUGCGUGAGGAGCGGGAAGCAGCUGAUCUUGUGCGAGUGUGGAAAGAGCAUCUGGGACGGUUGAAGAGUGCGGUUGCGGUAGCGAACACGAGUUUAAAGGACGUGAAGCUACAUCUGGCUAUUCCCGAGAUUUCGGAGGUGAUGCUUGUGAAGUGCCAGGAGGGGGCUCUGACAGCUCCGAAGUGUUGUUUGAUUUGUGGCUUGAGGAGGGAGGAGCGGGUGGCGAAGGUGGACGAGACUGUCGAGGAUAGUUUUGGGGAGUGGUGGGUUGAACAUUGGGGACAUCGGGCUUGCAAGAAUUUCUGGCAGGAGCAUGAGGGGAAACUGAAGGCUGGAUGA